UUGUUUAUCCGGAGGGAGAGGACUGGAAACCGCCUGCGCCCCAUUUCCUCGCGCGCGCGCGUGUGCGAGAGACGGCGUGGGGCUGCCCCCCACCUUUGCUUCAGCCCUGGAUUCUCCAUGUUGGACCCGAUCUGAGGAGCACCUCCGCUGCCGCCGUUGCACGCAGCUUACUCCGAGGCUUUGCAACUGAAGGAGGAGCGGGCGGGCGGGCUGCUGCUCCAUCGCGCGCGCUCCUUCUCUUCCUCCCCCCCUCCUUGGAUAUUUCCCUCCUCCCAACUCAAGGAUCCCCAGGGUCUGAGGGAUUGUUAGAUGGAAAGCCGGUCUAUCAUCACCCAAGUGCAGAGGGACGAAGCCUUGGUGUUUUCAAAACAAGUGUUGGUGUCCAAAUCCUCCCCGAAGAAGCCUCGUGGCCGGAGCAUCUUCAAGGCUCUUUUCUGUUGCCUUCGUGCACAGAAUGUUGGGCAGACAGCCUUUGGUGCCAAUCAUGGGCUGCACAAGGAAGAGACAAACACCAUUGCCAAGUCUGAUCUGUUGCAGUGUCUUCAAUACCAGUUUUAUCAGAUCCCUGGAACAUGUCUUCUCCCUGAGGUGACUCAGCAAGACCAGGGCCGAAUCUGUGUGGUGAUUGACCUGGAUGAGACCUUAGUGCACAGUUCCUUCAAGCCAAUCAACAAUGCUGACUUCAUUGUGCCGGUUGAAAUAGAGGGAACAACCCAUGAGGUGUAUGUGCUGAAGAGACCAUUUGUAGAUGAAUUCCUGAGGCGGAUGGGGGAGCUGUUUGAGUGUGUGCUGUUCACUGCCAGCUUAGCUAAGUAUGCUGACCCAGUAACUGACCUUCUGGACAAAUGUGGAGUCUUCCGGGCCCGCCUCUUCCGGGAGUCGUGUGUGUUCCACCAGGGAUGUUACGUUAAGGAUCUUAGCCGGCUGGGCCGUGAUCUGCGCAAAACCCUGAUCCUAGACAAUUCUCCAGCCUCCUACAUCUUCCAUCCAGAGAACGCGGUGCCAGUCCAGUCUUGGUUUGAUGAUAUGACAGACACAGAGCUGCUGAACCUGAUUCCUGUGUUUGAGGAGUUGAGUGAAGCGGAGGAUGUCUACACCAGCCUCGGCCAGCUAAGGGCACCCUAAUUUUCCUAGUGCUGUGGCCACUGGGGAACUACUUUUUUUCACUCUGUGCCUUCACUAUUGGCCAGGAGGGAAAGGGAACAGUGCAAUUGCUCCCCAUCACCCUGCCACAAGGCAGAUACAAGCACUUUGGAGGCAAUAACCUGCCUGGCUGCCUUCUGUGCAGUGCCAGAGCAGUUUCCAACCAGGGUAUGGCUGGAUGCUAGAGCUUCUAGCCUUUCCACCAAGAGCAGGGACAUCCAAAAUAACCCCACCCCAUUCCCAAUAGUGCUGGUAUCUAUGCACUGCAAGGCACCCCAACAUUUAGGGGACCCUUCCCUUCCCUUCCCUUCCCUUCCCUUCCCUUCCCUUCCCUUCCCUUCCCCCCAGCCCAAGGCAAUGCCAAAUGAUUUGGAUGGAUUCUUUAAAAGGUAGAUCCUUCUCACUUGCUUUUACAUAUUCUUGGCAGUGCUUCUUAUUCAGGACACAGCCCCCAGGCUAAAAUAUUUGGAGACUUCUCAUCUCUUGGCAGGGAGUCAGGAUGGCCGCCUCCACGCUCCCAGAUACUUCUGUUCUAGCCUGAUCUCCUGAUGUUGGAUCCUCUGAAUUUCCUGGAUUUUUUUUUUUUUUGAAGGAGUUGCUUUCUUUGCCUUCAAGAUGUUUUAUGAAGCUGCCCUUGCUUCAUACCUCUGGUUCCAGGCCUUGGCCUAAUUGCCCUGCUGGCUUUGGGAAGCCCUUUCCCUUGUGCGUGUUCAUUUGUUUCAACAUCCUGUCUUGCAGUUGUGUUUUUCCUCUGUUGAAAGGCAAGACAUAGAAAACCCUUUGCAACAACCCUCUAACCCUAGUAGCACAUAGCGUUAGUGAGGACAAAGCUAGCCAGCCCCACCAAUGCCACACUCCUUAUUUGCUCAAAGAUAGUGUUCCUGCACUUGAUUUGCUUUUUGGGGGCCAGGUGACUUCAUUGCCUUAAACUGCACCCAGUUAGGAGGCUGCCAUAUUAAUAGGGUGCCUAGCCUCAACCCAGUUCUUCCACCAUCUUCCAGCGUGAAUGCUUGCCUGAAAGAUGGAAGGAUUUUGACGUUUGUCCCCUGGUGGUUUUACCUCGUCUGAUGAUGCUGAAGGCAUAACUUGACUUCCCACUCAGGAUUUGCUCUAGAAUCCAUCAUUAUAACUUGACAGUCCUUAGCCCCUUGGAUGGUGACAGUGAGUUGGGGAUGAGUCUGUUAGAAGCUAGGAGAUUUUCCAUGUAUGCACAAGCCUGCUUCAUGUCAUUUGCCUUAACAACUGCCUUCUUGUCUCUGUACUGCAGCUGCUUGACAGCAAGCAACUGUGCCUCUUCUGUGUGGCCUCUCCUAUUCCACCCUCCCCAAAUGCAUUUUCAGCUGGUUUCAGCUCCAAGCAACCAAAAGUAGUUGGAGUUUUUUGUUAAUAUUUAUAUUGCAGGGAGCUGCCCAUGGACAUUGUUUUUUCUCUUUGUACUUCCUAGUGUUACGGUCCUCUGUCCUUUCUAACUGUGCCUGACAUACUGUGAACGUGUGUUUUUCAAGUGCCACUGAGAGCAGGGGCAACCAAAUGCCAGCUUGCUUUUCUCCUUUUCCCCACCAUCAGCAAUAUACUGCAAGGGACUGUGUUUAGCCAUUAUAGGGCUGGCAGGAAAAGGGGUGGAGUCCAUCGGGCUCUUUUUAAAAAAAUUGGUGCUGCCUUAUUGGUUAAGGGGUGGCGGGCAAGUUGCAGGUCAUCUCAUCACCUCAGGACCAAAGCUUUGAGCUCUGCUGUUGGUUGACCAGCCAGUUGUUAGCCUGACCAAUUUGUUACUUGAUGUUUUCAUCCUUGUUUUAGUGUGCUGAUUGGUUUUCAGUGGAGUCGUGAGGCCGUGUGUGCACGAUUAGCCAAACUUCAGUCAGUGCUUGAGAGGGGGGUGCUGUUCUCCCCAAUAGUUCCCUGGCCUCAUUAUCCUGGGCCUUUUGGAUCUUUCCUGCUGAGGGUCCAGAUUCUGUGUUUGGGGGAGGGCAGGAGGGGGUAAGUUUCCAGCAAGGAAGUUCCCUCCCUCCCUUGCAGUUCAGUCAGCUGCUGCUUCUCUCCGCGCACAAGCCGGGAGAUGCUGUUAAACUUUGCAAAGUUAAUGAAGGUUGAAAAGAACAAAACCUUUGUUUUCCCUUCCUGGUUGGGGCUAUUCUCACAGCUUGGUCUUUGCUCUGUGUCAGCAGAAGACUAAUUGCCUCUCUUUUCCUUCCUUCCUCCUUCUCAUACCAGCAGCUGUCCCAGCCCUUUCUUCAAGAUGAAACUGGUUCUAGCCUUUUGUUGGACUGAGGUUCAGAUGCUGCCACCUGAAGGGGGCGGGGGGCGGGGAGAAAGAAAGCCAAUUCCCAGCAGCCUCAGCCAGUAUGGUCAGUGGUGAAAGAUGCUGGGGAUUGUGGUCAAGCAGCACCUGGAGGGCUGCAGGUUUCCCACCCCUGCUGUAACCAGCGAUACCUGGUUUCUUCCCUCCCCCAAGCCAGCAAAACAUGCUCUACAUUUGCUGUAGAAUCUUUUUUUUGUUUUGUUUUAGCCUUAAAGAGGACGGGAUUAAGAUGAGAGGAAGGCAACCCUUGUAUUCUCCUCACUAAAUUGCAGCGGGCAACAUCGCAGUCCUUGUGUGGAGGGAUCUGCAUGAAAUGAGCUUGAUCCAAAAGAGGUAGACUUGGUUUUACCAAGUUGGGGGAAGAAACGGGUUGCGGAGAGUCAUGUGGGCACGGUGAUGAAUCCCCUUGGACAAUCCUGGGUGGAGCGGGAAACGGUGGUUGUAGGACUUCAGUCUGUACCGCCACCUGCCCUGUUGCCCCUGAAUGCUCAUGCCCACUCUGCGUCAAGAUUGUAAAUCAUGUUUUAGAGCCAUAAGGAUUCCUGGGUCCAAACUACCAUUUUGGGAUCGUGCCUUGAUUGAACCCAGUGGUUAAUGAGGGUAGAACUUCAGCCACGAGGCGGCCCCAGCACUUUACCAGGGCCGUGCCUUUAAUGGCUGCCCCACGUACUGACUUCACUAAAGACACAAACACACAUAAAUCUACACCCACUUGUUAUGGUACCUUUUACAUCCAGUCAUGUUUGGUGCUCCCAUUUCAUACAAGAAGUGGAAGCUGUUGGCUUUUGAAGAACAAGAGCCCCCGGCUUCCCCUACUCAUUAAACUGUACAAAUUUAUCACAUGUCCUCACUUGCUGGGUUUUUGUUUUGUUUUUUUGUUUUGUUUUUAAUGUUUUAAUUGAAAAAAAAUCCCAAAACUUGAAGCUGGCACUUGUUGCCAUUAUGAACUCUUUCUAUUUUUGGAAUCUUUGUAUUAACUGCAAUUAAAGAAAUAAAAAGAGAGCAAAUGUG